GAGGGUGAGGAGCUCCACAGGAACAGAAAAGAUCAUGUUUGGGCGGAGAAUUCACAGCAGCAAACACAGGACAGACCAUUAGUCUGCAGCGAAAAACGAAAGUUUUUAUCGUUUUCUCUGUCUUCGUUGUUGUGUGUUGUUCCUGUGUGCAGUUUGGCGGGAAAUCAAGGUUAAGACAAAGUGCGCUGCACUGAAGAAAAUCAGACCGUCUCCUGAGACGUGAGGCUGCUGUUCUGCUCUAUUGUCUGUCGCUCCCAGAUUUGGGGGAGAAGUCAGCUGCCCUCCAGCCACUCCGCAACAUGUCGGCACCAGGUUAUCAAUCUCCAAACCAGCCUCCAUACCCUAUGCCCCAGCCAGGUGGCUACUCAAUGCCCCCGUACCCUGUAGGAGGUUAUGGAGAGCCUGGGCAGGCCCCACCCGCAGGAUUCCACAUGGGUUAUGGGCAAGGUCCGGAUCAACCAAUUAUGUACCAGCCUGCCCCAGUCAGUCCACCACAGCACCCGGGCCAAGUGCCCAUGCAUGCCUACGGGGGUCCUGUAGCUCCGCCUGCCUCCGGCCCUGUAGCAGCACCUGUAGCAGCACCUGUAGCCGUGCCUGUGGGAGUACCUCCCGGUCUGGAGUAUUUAACACAGAUUGACCAGGUCCUGAUUCACCAGAAAGUGGAGUUGCUGGAGGCGUUUAUCGGCUUUGAGACCAACAACCAAUAUGAGAUUAAGAACAGCAUGGGCCAGAAGAUCUACAAGGCCAAGGAGAAGAACGACUGCUGCACGCGGAAUUGCUGUGGCUCGCUGAGGAGCUUUGACAUGAAGAUCAAAGACAACUCGGACCGAGAGGUCAUACGGCUCAUCCGACCUUUCCGCUGUGCCACCUGUUGGUGCCCCUGCUGCCUGCAAGAGAUGGAAGUGCAAGCGCCCCCCGGGACCACCAUAGGCUAUGUGUCACAGGACUGGCACCCCUGUUACCCAAAAUUCUCCAUCCAGGGCCCCAACAGAGAGACGGUAAUGAAACUGGAGGGGCCGUGCUUAGCCUGCAACUGCUGUGGAGAUGUCAACUUUGAGCUGAGAGGCAAGGAUGGAGGAAAGCCCAUUGGUCGAAUCAGUAAGCAGUGGAGUGGACUGUUAAAGGAGGUGUUCACCGAUGCAGACAACUUCGGCAUCCAGUUCCCCUUAGAUAUGGACGUUAAAAUGAAGGCCGUGCUGAUGGGAGCUUGCUUCCUGAUUGAUUUCAUAUUCUUUGAAAAAGUCGGAGACACCAACCAACGCAAUACUGUCUUCUCUUAGAGGUUGCCUUAGUCUAUAGAUAAUAUUCCUUUUUACUUUUUAUGACUCGCAUAAAAAAAUUAACAUUCUUAAGAGUUUUCACCUCUUUGAAGUAACUCUUUCCAAUCCAACCUAUUUAACAACCUACUGUCAAUCUCAUAAGCUCUUUGCUUUCAAGGGACUAGAAUUCUCUCUCUCUCUCUCUCUCUCUCUCUCUCUCUCUCUCUCUCUCUCUCUCUCUCUCUCUCUCUCUCUCCCCUUUGUAUCUUUACUUUUUUUUUCUUUUUUUUUAAACACCUGACCAACACCUAGAAACAGAAGCUUUUUCAUGGCAUAAACACAGACUUAUAAAACAAAACCAGUUUUUCCACUUUGUGUUCAAGCACUUUAUGGACACGCCUAAAGCCUUUUAGACCACAAGUAGUUGAAUUAAGUUGUUAGUGGUAGAAUGACUUUGCAUCAGUCCAACAAAUCCUAAUGUUUUGUUAAUAACUUGUGUGAAUGAUUUCAUUGUAUCUUUUGUAUGAAUCUACACAAAAUCAGGUUAAAAUGAUUCAUUUUUAUUCAAAGCCACUUAAAAGUAAUAGUUGUUUUAAUUACUGUCAUUUUAUAAAUAAUCUGUACUGUCAUUUCUGGCUACAUGCAGCAACUUUAAAACUUUUUGCAGAUUUUGUAUGAUAUGUUUGAUCAGACUAACAGUGCUACCUCUACUUUAUGAAGAGUUACAGUGGCUAAGUUUUCUUGUAUUGUGAUUUUGUGACCUUUUCUAUUCUGAAAUGUCAGAAUCAAGUACAGACAUGUUCGUACCCUUUUGUUCACCAAACUUCUGAUCUUGUGAAAGUGAGGAAAAAACAAGACACACUGGGGGCGGUGCCUGGAAAACUCUUCUAAAAUCUUUUCCACUUCCCUGUGGUGGAUGACACAAUGCCUAAAGAACUCACACUUUUUCCAGUGAGCAGGGAAGUAGCAGAAAUCCACAGACUUCUACAGCAUGUGGAUGUUUUUAUUGAAAUAGAGAACAGACGUUUUUGUUUUGGUCCAGAAAUGGAGCAGCCUUCUGCGGCUUUGUCAGCUUUAUGUGGCUUUGUAAUAAGGACCAGCAGGAUUUUGAAGUUUGUGUUCCCAUGGUUUAGCAUGUACUAACAACAAAUAUAUAGUGAGGAUGUAGUAGAUAAUGUGUUUGACAUAAGCAUGAUGAGGUUGCCACUUUCCAGACAUAUUAAGCCCAAUACAUUAAUGCUAAAGCUGCACUAUGUAAUUGAAAGAAGUAACAUUACAGAGUCAGGAGACAAAUACAUUAAAAUAUGCUGUGUGUGUGUGUGGGUGCUGCUCCGAGUCACCGUGUAAAGCCUGAAAAAGCGAUUUAAGAGUCAGAGUGAGCUCUUUUUGAAUGCUCUUUCAACACAUUAGCAACCAUCAGAUUCAUCCAUUGAUGGUUGCAAAGGGGUCCGGAGCACAACCCAUGUUACUAAAUGUUCAUGUUGCAUGCAAUUAUAUAUUUGUACCAAAGAUGUCUCCAAAUCCCCAAAACGAACAUAGUGCAACUUUAAUGAGAAUUCUCAUUUUAGCUCUGGGCCAUGUUUAAUCCAUGUCCAGAAAAAUAAUGUUUUGCCUAACCUUAUUAGAAACGAGUGCUACAUGAAUAGCCUUACAGUACCCUCUUGUAUGACUUAUUAUCCAUAUUAUCUGUAUGAAUCUUAUAAAUUUGCCAAAAACAAAGGUGUAGCCAGUGUAAUAGCCUUAUCAAAA